AUGGUCUUAAAUGUUUACUACGAGGAUGCGCUUCCCAAAUUGCAGACGGUUUUCAGUAACCAACAAAUCAUAUCGUUUUGUGUUCCUCACGCGCUCCAACAUGGUGUCUUUCAAACGCCUGCGAGCGCAAUACUGAAUGUCUUUAUGAAAUUUUGGAAAGAAAAUUCUAUCAGUGACUCAGAUGUGCUGAGAGCUCUCAAUUUGCCAAGGUUUUCCUUUGAUGAUUCUAUGUCGAGAUUUUGGAUUAAAGUCAUGGAAAGUCGUUACAAUGAAGAUAAAAGGGGUAGCAUGAUGGCCGACAUUAUAUUUCAGAUGUUCGAGAAAGACGUCCCGACAUUAAUCGCCGGGGGAGUUAACACCAACCCUACCUAUAGAUCUAUUUUGGUAAAUCUGGAGCGUUUGUCAAAGGAAUAG